AAAACUAUUACAAUAAUUUUUCUGAGAAAUUUCUUUCUCUCGCUCUGAUUAAAGUUUCUCAUAUAAGAAGAUGACGGCACUAUCGGAGCUCAACGAUGACAUUGUUCGUAGCAUGACCGUAGCAUCAGUCUUCUCAGAUUUUGGCGGGCAGAUAAACUCACUUGAUUUUCAUCGGAAAGAAGAUUUGCUGAUAACUGCAAGUGAGGAUGACUCAAUUCGACUUUUUGACAUUGCCAAUGGGAAGUUGCUGAAGACUACAUAUCAUAAGAAGCAUGGAGCUGAUCGAAUAUGCUUUACCCACCACCCUCACUCUGUUAUAUGCUCUUCAAUACACAACUUGGAUUUGCAUGGAGAAUCUUUGCGGUACCUAUCCAUGUAUGAUAAUCGAUGCCUUCGUUACUUUAAGGGACAUAAAGAGAGGGUUGUGUCACUGUGUAUGUCUCCAGUUAAUGACAGCUUCAUGUCUGGUUCUCUUGACCAUAGUGUCAGAAUCUGGGAUCUUCGUGUAAAUGCCUGCCAGGGGAUUUUGCGUCUAAGAGGUAGGCCUGCAGUUGCUUAUGACCAACAAGGCCUUGUCUUUGCAGUGGCAAUGGAAGGGGGUGCCGUCAAAUUGUUUGAUUCAAGGUCGUACGACAAGGGACCCUUUGAUACCUUCCUAGUUGGUGGGGACACAGCUGAGGUUUGUGACAUAAAAUUCAGCAAUGAUGGAAAAUCAAUGCUCUUAACAACUACUAGUAACAGCAUCUAUGUCCUUGACGCCUAUGGAGGAGAGAAGCGGUGUGGGUUUAAUCUGGAUCCCUCUCCGACAGCAAUGGAGGCAACCUUUACACCAGAUGGCCAAUAUGUUGUUUCAGGUUCAGGAGACGGAAACUUGCAUGCGUGGAACAUCAACACACUAAAUAAGGUUUCUAGCUGGGAUAGCCACAUAGGCGUCCCGUCCUGCUUGAAAUGGGCGCCAAGAAGAGUAAUGUUUGUUGCUGCAUCAUCAGUUCUUACCUUUUGGAUCCCUAAUCAUGGAGGUGCUGGUGAUGCCGCUGGAGCCCAGACAGAACAAGUUACUCUUCAAUGACGUUUUCUAGUGUUAAAAUCUUUUGUUGUAUACUUUUCAUAUAUCGUUACAUGUGUAUUUGUAUACCCUUGAGCUGCUUAAAUCGAAACUUGGUCAGCUGAUCCCCUCUUGGGAGUUUGUUAUCAUUCUUGGUUCUUCUUAGCGCUUUCUAUAUCCCAAGGUUUGAUAUUAGGGUCUUUGAGUGACCAUCUCGAUAUUUUA